AGCCAAUCCCCCAUUGAAAGCCAGCCCGACAUGUUGCGCUUAUAGAAAAGGCUCGAUAAGAGCCUAAAUUUCGGGGGUUUCAAAACAGUAUAUUAGAAAACGACUCUACUACAACACUGGGGGAUUUCUAUUUUACACGGAACUACACGAUCCAAGACCAAAGAAGAACAUUGUGGCGAACAAGCUUGUGGUUUCCGACAGCCAGGCGGGUCAUGGUCACUGCGGGAACACCUUUGUUAUAACCAGACCUUGUCGAUCCCGAUUCUAGACCACUCGCCUGCCUACACACUGUAGGACAUUUCAGUCAGAAAGAUUUUUGUAAGCACUGAUGCAAGAGGACCUCGGAAACUACAAGACAACACUGAGUGCAUUCAACAAUUGUAAGAAGAUAAAGUUGGAGGUUGUGUUGGACGACGACCAUGUAAGUGGUUCCUCUGGGUCCACCCCGAGACAAAGAAAUAUUCCGAGCACAGCGAACACACGCCACUCUACUGCGUAUGUGCUACCACAACAUGGCCUGGAGCUCUCAAACAUUACACAAGGUAGUAGUAGUAGUAGCAUGCCACAAAAUUAUAUCCGAACCUCAACCAUCCGAGUCGUGGAUCCCUCGUUUCCAAGAUGUGGCGUUAAACGUAAAAGUGAUGAAGUAGGCGUCCCCAUGCAGUUAACCGAAGUACACGCUGUAUCAAGUGAGGAUGACAGUUCGACAAAGACCACGGCCAAGACAGCAGCAAAUACGGCAACCACCACGACCUCGAAGAACACGAGUUCUUCGGGGAGUGAGGGGGACUAUCAACUUGUUCAGCAUGAGGUCCUCUAUUCUAUGACAACCGCCUAUGAGGUCCUUGAGUUUCUUGGCCGGGGGACCUUUGGGCAGGUUGUCAAAUGCUGGAAAAAAGGGACCAAUGAGAUCGUGGCAAUCAAGAUUUUGAAGAACCACCCCUCCUAUGCACGGCAGGGUCAAAUUGAAGUUAGCAUCUUGUCGCGGCUAAGUCAAGAAAGUGCAGAUGAGUUUAAUUUUGUACGAGCGUACGAGUGCUUCCAGCACAAGAACCACACAUGUCUGGUGUUUGAAAUGCUGGAACAGAACCUCUAUGACUUCCUCAAACAGAACAAGUUUCAGCCAUUGCCAUUAAAGUAUAUCCGUCCAAUCACAUCCCAGGUGCUGACUGCAUUACUCAAGCUUAAACUACUUGGCUUGAUCCAUGCCGACCUCAAGCCAGAGAAUAUCAUGUUGGUGGACCCUGUGCGAUUCCCUUAUAGGGUCAAGGUCAUUGACUUUGGUUCAGCAAGCCAUGUCUCGAAGGCUGUGUGCUCAACAUACCUCCAGUCUCGCUAUUACAGGGCGCCAGAGAUAUUGCUGGGCUUGCCGUUCUGUGAGGCUAUUGACAUGUGGUCCCUAGGAUGUGUCAUAGCAGAGCUGUUCUUGGGCUGGCCCCUCUAUCCAGGGUCGUCAGAAUAUGACCAAAUUCGUUAUGUUUCCCAAACCCAAGGACUACCUGCUGAACACAUGCUUAGCUCGGCCACUAAGACGACGCGCUUCUUUGUGCGAGACAAUACUGAUAGUAGUUACCCAUUCUGGAGGUUGAAGUCCCCUGAGGAACAUGAAGCAGAAACCAAAAUCAAGUCCAAAGAGGCGAGGAAGUACAUCUUCAAUUGCCUGGACGACAUUGGGCAGAUCAACGUUCCAACAGACUUGGAAGGAAGUGAACUCCUGGCGGAGAAAGUGGACCGCCGUGAAUUCAUUGACCUUCUCAAGCGAAUGUUGACCUUGGACCAAGAACGACGCAUCACGCCGGGCUAGGCGUUAAAUCAUCACUUUAUAGGCAUGGGGCAUCUGGUGGAUUAUGCUCACACCAACAUUACAAAACAAAGUGUUCAGGCAAUGGAGAUCUGUCGACGACAGAGAACGUCUGUGUACGACAUGAACCAGAACAGCAACAGUAUGAUGACAAAUGUGGUGCCGUCAUCCAACGGCAACUUCACAGUCACAUUCAACAACCAGAUAAACGCUUUACAUUCUCAGAUGGCAUCCCAGAACCUAGGCGGAACUUCCCACCAGAGCACGGAGAUCCCGUAUCUUCAGUACUCCCUCCAGUCUGGGACCUACCUGUCAUAUCAACCCCCACAGGUGGGACAACAACUCAACCAGCAGAUCACAGCGCAGAGGAGCGGGGCUCAGUUCAACCGUACAGACCCCUUCCGACAACCGCUGUGUAUGCCAUCUCUUGUCGUACCAGCUACCUUGCCAGGUCUUAAUUCCCCCACCCGACCCACUGGUGUUCCUAUGGUAACCCAGGCCACCCAGACCCUGCAGCUACAACCUCAGCUCAUCAGCCAGCAGACUGUUCAGCAGUCUCAGCACCACCUCACCCCUGUCACCAUGAUUGACAAUGGUAGACAAGUGUUCAUGGCAAAUGCCCAGAUGAACUCUUGGCCACCGAGUCGGCAGGUGCUGAUGGGGUCGUGGCACCAGGUUCCAAGUCUGGGGUCCCAGAGGGCCGUACAGCAAGUCAUCCCUGACACCCUCGCCCCAGACAACUGGAGACAGUCAAUCAUGGUGGGCGGAGACACUUUUGACCAGCCCUCUACUGUAUUACCAUUGAACUCCACCGCCCAACACUGGAACAUAGGAAUGGUGCCUUCAACAUAUGGGCUGUCUAGCAGACAGAGCUCAGGGCAGUCCUCCAGCAAGAGACAGACAAAACAAAGGAGCAACAAGGAAGUCACCUCAACGCAGUUCUCCCCCGUAAAGAAACGAGUGAAGGAAAAUUCGCCACCACAGUCCGAAGUAGUCGGGCAGGACGAGACAUUACAGAUUUCUGAUUGGUCGGGUUCCCUCCGACCAAAUGUGCCUCAUUCCAACUCACGUCACACUAUCGUGAUUCGUGACACACCUAGUCCCGCAGUCAGUGUCAUCACCAUCAGCUCCGACAGCGACGACGACGUGGACAGCUCAGGACAUCACUCGCACAGAUCCAGAGGAUCGCAGCCAGGGAGUGGUCGCAGCGCCCAGCAUACACUGUCUGUGGUCAACAGCAGUGGAAGCAGUGGUCCAUCAUCAGCUGAGGUUUUCGCAAUUUCUCAGUGCCAGCGAAACAUGAGUUGUGUGACGGUCCCGGACGGCCAGGAGUCCGACACCGAAGAAAGUGGCACAUCGUCCGGCAAGAAGAAAGUAGUCUUUAUGCCAAUUAAACACGAAGACUUUACUGGCGCCACCAGUCACACGAAUUGUCUGUAUGGGAGUCAGGCGAUUGGUGCCAGCGGGAGCACCACAUCGUCUGCCUCCAUGGCAUUCGUGCCCCCGAACUUGUCAAACUUCCCGGAAACCGGGGAGCAGGCCAAAGUCACCCCCUACAUGGCCAACAUUCCACAAAAGGAGAUGCCGGUAUCGCAAGGAAGCAACCGGUUCCGAGUACGAAGCCCCAAACAGGAAAUAAGAUUACCUCCACUGGAGGUUGAAGUUUCUACAGCCGCAGCCCAAGGAAAGCUAGCUUACGUUUCCCCAACUGUUCGAUCAGUGGCCAACCCCUCCAUUAAAAUCAACAGUCAAACAGCAAGUAGUGCAGCCCAGUCUUCAAGCCACCGGCACAGACCAGGCAAUCUAAAUUUCAUUCAACGCCAGCAGGCUGGAACAAGUGUCAACCAGUUGUCACCUGUUCAAGCCAGUGUACAAAUAGGACAACCUGUCCUGCUUAAUCCAGCUUCUCAGGUUGAGAUUCACCGGGAGUACCGUCGAGGCCCCACAUUACAGAGCAGUCCGAUCCACCACUACAUUGUCCCUGCCCACCAGCAGCCCCAGAUGGCCAUCCCAGCAGGGGUGGGGCAGUACGGGCCAUUUUCCCCCAACAUGGCCCCUCCCCCUGCGCACCAGAGCCCCCGCCACGUCCAGUACACAACCCACCCUCUCCCCGCACACAUGCACCCAGUGCUGCAUACGUCCAGUAUCCCCACGUACCACACCCAGAUCCACCCGCAGUACGCCGGAGGCGCCAAUUAUCUCAACUCAUCAGCUGGUGGGGUGUACACCACGUAUCAGCUCAGUCCAAUCAAAGCAAGGCAGUAUCAGUAUUUUGCGGGAUAGGGUUAGUGGUAUGCAAUUCCUGUAGAGAUCUGGCUGGUUGUCUACUGUUGUCUUGAGUUGUGCCUGUUAUCCAAUAUUUUGGGCAUUUAUAUGUAUAUUUUGCAUCAGUGGGACUGUUGGAUUGAAGUGACAGCUUCGAGAGAGUGUCGACAAUGAAUUAGUCCCAUAGUGAUGGGUGCAAUUCAGGUCAAGGGAGACAACCCAGGCUUCAGGUCUUCCCACGUGCCAACUCGCCCCUACAGAUAAAGCCUGUUGCCACAGUUACAAACACUGUGAAACAUCAUAAGCUGGUGCAGCAAAUCCCAGAUUUUCCUCAAUAUUUGUGAUACUUCUAAAUGUGUGAUUAUUUUCCCGGAAAAGCACCAAGUUAUUUGGCGAUUUCACUUUCCACAGUGCGUUAAUUUCGUACGUAUGCACACACCCAAACAACAAGCAGAUUAUGGUGGAGAACUGACUAGAUACAAGGCAACGUAAAUUCAGCUUCCAAGAUUCCUUUCAGGAAUUAAAUGGGUAUCUCGGAGCCUUGAGAGGACCUAUUUUCAUGAACUGUCUCUGUCAAGAUAACUUGAGUCACAUGUACCAAAAAUUGCUGUUUUAAUGAAAAGCAGGAGGUUGUGAUAGCCUAGGGCAAAAUGGACAAACUGGCUUUCGAUUGGCUUCAGUGCUUCUUACUACAAUGCAUGGCAGUUUCCCAUAUUCAUCACUGUUUUUGCUUUGUUAUUCAUUACUCAAGAUUUGAUCUGAAUUAGCCACUGAGUUUGCAUUUUAACAGAAAUAUUGUUAGUUUACCUACAGUAUGUUGAUCACGUACAGUAGCUGUGUUUUUUGUUGUCGCUCACAGGAAUUUGCAAUGAAAUUUUUGCUUGUGUUUGCUUAACAAGAUUUUCUAUAUAACUAUUAUGUAUAUUGUUGAAUGGGAUAUUGUCUUAUCAUAUUUUAUAGGUUUAACCUUUUUAAUACAUUGUAGCCAUGUAUUUUAGCAUGAAAUCAAAUAGAGAUCAAUGGGAUAUACGUCUGUGAUUGUCACCAGAUGGAUUCGCAAGCUAACAUAGCAACUGUUGCCAGAAGGGGCACUUGGAUGCAAGUAGAGAGCCAAUAUAUGAUAUUUUUAUAGGCUAGACUAUUUGGAAAUUGGAAUCAUUGUAUUUUUCAAAGUGAGUGUCUAUUAUAUUAUAAUCGUUGGUGUUGUAUGGAAAUACAUGGUUUUUUUGUCACCCUGCAUACUGCCGUUAAUUGGAAAAGUUGGUGCACCAUAGUCGUAGAAUAGAUGUUAUUUUGAUGUUAGUCCUAUUUUAUUAUUCUCAUUAUCAUUAUGAUAUUUAAUAUUACUAUUGUAGUUCUUAUUAUAUCACAUUGUAGUUUGAAGUUUCAUGUUGUUCACCUGUAGUCUUGAAACUGGGCAAUUUGGCUUGAUGUGUCCAUUUCGAUUUCGGGAGGUUUGCUUUACAGAGGGUGCAGAUAGGGCAGUGUGGGUUUAAAGGGGUUGAGACAGAAAGAAGCAGGCAAGAUUGCUGUGAAGACUAAAUUUUCCUUAUGGGACAAAUUAUCUAAGGUUUGAAGAUUCAGUACUGACAGACGGGACGUUGUAAUAUAGUCGAUGGCAACUAUUCUUGGUUUUCCGGAGAUCAUGUUGCCCAGUCUGCACCCUCAGGGUUUUAUGCGUUUACGGACAUAAUUGCAAAUGUCCUCGCUCACGUUUCUUUGCCUUAUAAGCUUGCAUGGUAUUAGGAUCAAGUUCAACAGUUUGAAAAUUGUGUUUAAUCCAAUUUACAUUCACUGAGAAAAUUUCAAAGGUAAUGGCUAUUUCAUAGUGAAAUCAUUUGUGUGUAUUUAGUGUGGAUUAUUCAAAGCAUCGGUUAAUGACAGCUUGUUGAUUUCUUUGAAACUGAAGUAUUCAUACAAUUUGGACUUUCAAUUUGAGUCCUUAUACUAUGCAUGUCAUGAGCUUUUGUUUUCAGGUUAAUCACCUAUGUCCAAUCGUUUGGCUGGGGAUUAAUCUGGACUCAACCGUAGGACACCUUGUAUAUAGGCCGUAUUUACCUACCAGCAACUCCCAGCGUGUAUGUGUGGGUGUAAGUGUGUGUGUAGUGUGAUAGCUUUCAUGUUGGAAUGUGGUGUAGCAGGUAUUUUUUUACAUGCCAGUAUUUAUAUGUCUUUCAAUAUUGAAGCAUUAACUCUAUGAUGUCAUCGUGUUCUUUCUCAGACUUGUGCUUUUGUUGUCUCUCUGGCAUUGGUGGAGAAUUGUGUGUUUUUGGUGAAAAUUGAAUUCAGUGAGUUUCCUGGUAUUUGUAAUAUUAAGUCUGUCCUUUGUACAGUUCGAAUUACAUAUCUGGUUUUCAAUUACAUGUGUGUUCAUUUUAUGAUGGGUAUAUUUUUGUUGACUGAAUUUUUCAUGAUAAUUAAUAUGUCAUUUAUGUGUUAUGGGUAAACAAUGUAAAAUCAUAUGAAAACAAAUUUCAACUUUGAGUUUGUUGUUUCAAAUCUUGCAAUGUUAAAUAGUUAUGGACUUAUCAGUAGUAAAGUGGCAGGAAGAUUUAGGUGAUCGGGCAGAGUAUUAAAAUUCAAUAGUUCGAGUGAUGGGUUAUCGAUCAGAACUUGAAUUUCAAUGUUCCAGAGUGUAGAUCUUUUCUUUUUAACCCAAGUGAAUAGUAAUGGCAAGGUAGAUAACCCAGUAGAGCUUCAUUAUUUCAUAUGAACAUGAUAUAGAACAUGAUAAACGUUUUGUUUUCUGUGUUUUAAGUUAAACAUGAUUUGGAAUACAAACCUCAAAAUUCACGUUUCAAGUCAAGCCGUGUCAGAACAAAAGCACAAGUUUGUGGAUUGUUUUAUUGCAUUUUCGGCAUUUGUCAAUCUGCCUUGAUUACAUAAUGACUUCAAAAUGCUGGACGACGGUAUAAGUUAACUAGAGAUUCCCGUACCUCACAGGGGGAAGCUCCAUAUCCCCAGUUGUAUAUAUGUAUUGUAAGAUGGUCAUUUUUAUAUCCAAAUACGACAGUCAAGUGAUGAUGGCCGGGUGCCGUGGCAUGGAUUCCUGUCAUUUUUCUACCCACCAUUUGGGAAGAAAAACAUGUUUCCAAGUGUAUUCCCAAUCCGCUGUGGUAAAACUAUCCAAUCAGGAUCUAAAGAUGGAGUUUAUGUACUUAAACAAUGCUGGAAGAUAUGAAUUUCAAAUUGCAAAUACUCUAUGUGAAUAUUCCUUGUCCAAGACUUGUGUAUAGUGUGAUACUAUUAUGUAUAAAAUUGUACUGAACUACAGGUCAAAUUGUAAGAUACAUUGAACAGAAAUUUAUAUUUGUACUUGUCCCUGCGCGAGAACAUAAUUGUCCAGUCUCUAAAUGAUUUUGUGUGGUAACUAAGCACUAACAUAAACAACAAAAGGCAGAGAAACUUGCUGGUUGGGUUUGAUGUUAAUUGGUUCUUACGUUUCCUUUCACAAAGAUUUUAUGAGAUUGCAGCUUAGCUUGCUAUGUUAGUAUAAUGUAUAUUGUUUUUUGAUCAUUAUUUAACUAUUAUUCAGGAAUUUUUGAUGUUGGAAGGUGAUGAUUGAUUCUUCUUCGUAUUAAUUUCUUCCACUUAUUUUUCAAGUGCGUUGAGGUCACUUAAGGUGUGAGAGUGUUGUAUUUUGACGUUGCUAAUAUCACCAGACAAUCUUUAGUAGAUGUGGAUGUAUUUAUUGUCGAUGCAAGGAGUAACAUAUUUGUUCAAAAUCCAAAGACUACUGAAUAAGCUGUUAUUUAUUAAUGUCAGAGGUAGCCUUCUUUGUAAUGGAUUCCUAUCUAAAGUGAGUAUUUUGAUAUACUGUUUCAUUGUAAGCUUGAUAUUUUGAACGCCAUUCAAGUCAGUGUUAUAAUUGCUGAGUAUUUGAAAGUUGCUCUCAGGAGAAAAGUGUAUGUUAAAUGUAUAGGUCAAUCGUUGCUGUUGUUUCGUCUUUGGAUUCUGCACAAACCGGAAUGGGAGAGAUUUUUUAAUACCUAGAUACCCAGAUUCAGCUCUGGCACUGCAUGUCAAAACAAUUGCAUUUUAUUCUUGUGUAUCUAAGAGGAAUAUUGAAUAUAUAUUUUUUGUCAAACUUCAUUGUACAAUUCAGAUUUCAUACCAAUAGGAGAAUAGAGUUUUUGCCAUGUUAUACCUAACCACAAAUUAAGCAUCGUGUACUGUGCUCACUGCAUAACUCCAUAUAACCGAAAUCCUAACAGGAUCCUAUAGAAUUUUAAAACUUGGGUGGAUUGGCUUUCUGAUCUCCUAAUCAGUGUUAUGGUAUUUUAUUUGUGUGAUCAACUUUGUAUGCCGUUAGCAUUUUAUCACCAGUCUACUUAGUACUGAUUUCUGUAGCACUUCAUUGUUAGAGGUAUCUUAAUAUUUUGUAUUUGUUGUGUAAGGGCACACUCUGACUCUUGAUCCCAGGUAUUUAGUGCUGGUGUUAGUUAACCUACCUUGUUUCAGGACCCAUGCAUCAGUUUUAUCAUUGGCAGGUGUUGAAAACACCUAUUUUGUUAUUACAUAUCAGUGAGUCAUGGAUUUUUAGAAUUAUUAAAAAAGAAGAAAUUUCAAAUUUGAAAUAAGUUAGGUUUGGUUGUUGGGCAUUUGGUAGGGGAGAUAACUGCAUAUAUCAGAAGAGAACCUUUCACUGCCUGUUGUAUAUCUUCAUUGUAGAAAGUUUCAUACCAUUUUGUAAAUUGUCCAUCAAUUUGUGAAAAAUUCCAAUUAAUUCCCAAUGGAUUUAUUUUUCUUUUGGAAGAUACAGGAUUUUAUGAAAGAAUAUCACUGUUGAAAAGUACAUAAAUUGAGAAUCAUUGUCACAUGAAAUUUUGAGAUUUUCAUAUUAUUCACACUUCAUCCUUGUAACCUCCAUGCUAGUUAUCGCAAUCAUUGCCACUGCAUUUGCUCUGAUCUUGUCACAGACCUUGGAAGCUACUGUAUAUUAAUGUUGAGAUUAAUACUGUCCUACUAUUUUCACUAAUUUCAUAACACAGUAUAUAGAGUUCUACAUUAUUUCCAUGUUAUUUCAUAUUAUAUCCAUAACUGGUAUUAAGUCACCUAAAUUCAUAGUAUCUAAUGACCCAUGUUCAUUCCAUUGACACUUCUACUCCAAUAUAGCAGGUCAGAGUGUGGCCCAAAUAGCUUUAUUCGGUUUUAAAUUAUGCAUUUUAUAUUUUUAUCUAGUCAGUAUAGCUAAGCGUGUGAGUGUUUUCUAGUUGCAGAAACCCUAGGGUACAAUAGGCUUGAAUCAAAGGGUGACGAUAGGUUGAACUUCUAAUCCCUACCAUUUGUAGACAGCAUUACAUUUGAUUGUAACUAAUUAUUUUAUUCGUCUUACAUAUAUCUCCUAUUUCUGGUCUUCUUUCCUUGGAUUUGGUGGUAGUUAUAUUUCUUCUGCUGUGUGCAGUUAAGGUGGCUUUCAUCAAACAUUUCACAUCUUGUGAUUAUUGUGGCGAUAUUCCCUUGUAUUGAGGUCAGCUGGCUGACUGAAAGAUCUCUCAGUAAAGUGCUGUCAAAGUUUGGACUGGAGUUUUUAUUUGAAACUGAAAAAAACCUGCCAAAAUGUGAAUAUUAUUCACUGCAAUAUUGUUAAGAUACAGUUUUACAACAUUGUUAAGUCACUGUGUUAUUGUUCAUAUGGGUAUUAAUAUGUAUAGGCUUUUGAAUAGAUUGCAAAAACACUUUGAUUCUUGUCACAGGAUAAGGAAUUGACCAAGUUCUGUGAAUUUAAUCAAAGACAUCUUGUCAGAAGAAUGGUUUACUACAUCCCACCAUGGUAAAGCAAUAUCCCCCAUCCUUGGUAGCGGAACCACUUUGUCCAACUGACACAAGUUGUUCCUCUUGCAAGGCAAUUGUUGAUUUAUUUGCUCUUUUAGCUCUUUUACAAACCUGUUCAAAUUUUUGACAGCACUAUAAUUGGUGAAAAAUUGAGCAAGAAAAAAAGGAUUGUUAACUUUGUGUAUCAUCUCACUUGAAGGGAACAUUAUUUUCCAUGAAAUAUUAUUUUGUGAAACUUGAGAUUAUUUAUAUAUAUAUAACAAAAAAAUAUGCCACUUGACAAAGCCUAUGGCUAAGUUUGUGUUAUGGGUAAGUACACAGUGAUAAAUAGCAGUGUUAUCCGAAUGUUUGUUUUUCACACCAUACCUGUGUGCAAUACUAUUCUGAAGUGGUAAGUAGGUGUCAUGGGUUCGCCAGCCACUCUGUAUCUCCAACGCUUGGCCUCCGUGCACAGUUGCAAGUCCAUUGUAGAACCUAACUCAUUCGGGAUCAAUUGGGAUUCAAUUAAAGUAUGAGUAUUCUUGAAA